AUGAAGUUGUUUUUGUUGUUGAUUAGUGUUGCUAUUGUAAAUGGCAGUGUUUUGAAGUAUAGUUUGUUCAAAGAAAAGGGCUCUACUGUUAGCCAUAAUCGAAAAUGGGCUAAAGGAAGUAAGGAUUUGUGAUAUUGAUGUAGGGUAACAUUUAAGCUAUUUCACUCUACUAAAUCAGAAUGUAACUGUCGUGUAUUAUACAUCAUAAGAUAGCCAAGACUUCGAACAAUAUUUUCAGAGGUUUUGGAGGAUUCUCUUGGUCUGACCAUCGAGAAUCAGAACGAUAUUUGGUACAAAGGUGUGGUAUCUCUUGGUACUCCUGCUCAAAGCUUCCUUCUUCAAUUCGAUACUGGAUCCAGUAUUCUUUGGGUACCUGGACAAGGUUGUAGUUCAAGUGGGAGUUAUGCUACAAGUUGUCAAAGUGGUCAGACGUAUAAUCCGAGUUCUUCAUCGACUUCAAAGAGCACAGGACAGUCGUUUUCGAUUAGUUAUGGGACUGGAUCGGCUUCUGGACAAUAUUACACCGAUAAAUUCGCGGUAAGUUGAGGGUUUUUAACUGUAAAAGUUUGUUGAGAAUGUAGAAAUAAUAAUGGUUUUUGAAAAAUGGUGGAUUUAAAGUGGUUUUUGGCUAAAAAACGAUAUUGUGUUAGGUGUUUUUGAGGAAAGGUAUUUUAAAAAUUCAUUUUUUUGUUGAUUUGUAAGGAAAACCGAGUGUAAUAUACCAUUUUAGGGCCAGAAAGAUCAGUUUUUCUUUUACUGAAAUAAGUUAGUUUUAAAAAAUUUGCUUUUUGGUUCAUUUUCGGCUAAAAACGAUGUUGUGUUAGGUACCUUUUGACCUCAAAUCGUCAAAAAUUCAUCUUUUUUAUAUUUCUUCAGAAAUUUAAGUGUUUUAUCUUAUUUUAAAGCUAAAAACCUGCAUUUUAGUUUGGUAAUGGCUCUUCCACCCUUUCCCUAUCAUCUCCAGUGACAUUCGGGGUUGGAAGUCAAAUGACCUUCCAAGACAGUGGAAUUCUUGGUCUUGGCUUUGAAUCCGGCUCGUAUCCCACGCCAAUCUUCAUUCAAGGAGUUAAAGAUGGUGUAUUUGAUGAGCCUAUUUUUACUGCCUACUUUGCUGACUGUGAAACGACAUCUUGUGCUGAUGGUGGUCAAAUCACAUUGGGCGGGUUUGAUGAUGAACAUUGUGAAAGUGGGUAUGAUUGGAUUCCACUGACGACUGGAACACCUUAUUGGCAGUUUUCGGUCGAUUCGUUUACUGUUGGUAGCUUCAAGGCUUCGAAUUUUAAGGUGGGUUAAGGAUUUGGAAUGGGAGGAGUAAAUUUUGAAGAUUUGGAGUGGGCGGGGUAAAUUUUUGGGGUUGGGGGGGGAAGAGGAAUGGUCAAAAAAAUUUUUUUUGGUUUUAUAAAAGACAACAUUUUUUCUUUUUUUUAAUUUUUUGGUGGGCGGGGUAAAUUUUUUAGGGGGUGGAUCAAAAUUUUUUUUUACUAUUCUUUUAUUUAUCAAAGGCGGGGGCUACAAGACGUCAUUCAUAUAUCAAUUUAGGCCAUUUCCGACACCGGAACCUCCUACAUCAUCGUUCCUUCUGACCAAAUCAGCAGCCUGGCUUCAGCCCUUGGAGCAACCUCUUCCGGCGGAGCUUACUAUUUGGAUUGUCAGUCAACUACUACAAUAUCAGUCACAGUUAACAGCAAAUCCUAUACGAUUAAUGCCAAAUCGUUGAUGAUUGGAUCUACGCAGUCUUCUGGAGCUUGUCAGAUUGCCAUUUCGUCUGGUGACUUUGGGUUCUGGAUCUUUGGCGAUGCUUUCAUUAGGGAUUACUGUCAAGUAUAUGAUGUUACUAACAAGAGGAUUGCUUUCGCUGAGAUUAAGAGUAGUACUACUGGUACUGGUGGUACUAAUGGUGCAUCUGGGACUCAGGAUGUUGCUGAUGGACAGGGUAGUCAAAGCGGUACAAAAUAUGGUGCAAGUGGUACUAAAACAAGUCAAAACGGUACUAAAACCAACCAAAAUGGUACUAAAACCGGCCAAAAUGGUACUACUGGCCAGAGUAAUGGUACUAGCUCUAAAACUGAAAAGAACAGUAGCUCGAAUGGCAGUUCAGCCGAAAGUGAAAGACGUGAAAGCUUGACCAGACAAGGCUACAAAUACCUCGGCAAAGGCGUAUAUCUAACUCCAGAUGGAUAUUACUUCAAAGAAGCAUAA